GAAACACUCAAAUCUUAGCUGUGUGUGGCAGUUCCUGCUAGACGUCCCGUUAUCUGAACGUUCACUUCCGGCCCCAUCCUGUUCCUCCUGUUGUUAACGUGGAAGAGUCCCAACAACCUAUCAACAUAACCCCGUGUGCGUAGUGCUCUAUUUCGCCCCGAAAGCCGCCAUCACCUCGGCGCCACUCCACACGUUUCGAGUCCGGUGGAAACAACAUGGCGGCGGCUCGAUACGUACAGCACUCCCGAGCCUUUUAGUUCACUCACUGGGGUAGAGUCCACCGCUCCGAGCCUCUCAGACACGCCAGGCUGGGUCCAGGCAGCCGAAUGGGUCCACUUAUGAACGAUGCUGUUGUGAAACAGAAGCAAAUACGAAUACACAACAGGACCCUUCUGGGACCUGUUAAUGGCCUCUACAAAGACCAAGCAAGGUAUGGUUUUCCUGAAGGAAGUGGCAACUGCCCAUGCAGCAGCUCCUGCAACUGAUCAUCCACUUGGAUGUUUUGUGCCUCGUAGACCUGAAAAGGGAAGUGAAAGUGGAACAGAACAAAUCACUUGUGUGUCCAGUGAGGAAUCAGAUUUUUUUUGUAAACACAAGAUGUACCCUUCUAAGGAUGCAAUUGUCAGCACGGGAGGACUGAAGCGUCCAACCAAUUUAAACAAUCAUUCAGAAACCCUAUCACCAGACAUCACCUUUAAAGGCAUCAAAGUGACACUGGACAACAACAGCAUGUGGAAAGAGUUCUAUAGCCGCAAAACGGAAAUGAUUCUGACAAAAGAAGGCAACAGGAUGUUCCCUUACUGCCGCUUCCGCAUCUCUUGUUUGCAGCCAGCUAAGAAGUACUCUUUAAUCAUGGACAUUCAACCCUUAGACCAUUGUCAGUACAAGUGGACAGGUGAGAAGUGGCAAGUUUCCAGAAAAGCUGAAUGUCAUAUGAAGAGUCCGCUUUUUGCUCAUCCAGACUCCCCAGCCACAGGUCAACACUGGAUGCAGAGUCCAGUGUCUUUUUACAGACUGAAGCUCACAAACAACAUCUCUGACCAAGAUGGGAACAUUAUCUUACAUCCCAAUCACCGGUACUUACCACAGCUAUACUUGGUCCAGACAGAAAAAGCGAUUGAAGACAUUACGCUAAAUGAUUCCAGUGUUCUGACUUUCAGUUUUCCCCAGACUGAGUUUAUGGCAGUGACUGCUUACCAAAAUCCACAAUUUGCUCAACUGAAAGUCAAGUACAACCCAUUUGCGAAAGGACUGAAAGAGGAUGGGUGUAAUUCAUGGGGCCUAAAACUGAAACCCAAUUCAAGCAAGGACUUGAACAAAGAUGGUGGAUCUAAAAUCAAUGACCAGCAUCCAGUUAAGAAAAGCUUAAAAUCUUUGCUUGCAAGCCAUAAACCUAGAUGUUCAAAAGCUGGGGACUCAAAACCUACGGUAUCAAAGGACCUACAAAAUAAUUUGCCACCUAACAGCAAUCAGUCAGCUGACAAGAUCCCUGCAGUACGCAGCAAUUCAGGUCCAGCUCAGAAAUUAUUUUCUGAUCUGAUUCGUGAGGCUCACGUUUCAUUGCAGAGGUGCAGCGUGGAGCAGCUGGAUAUCAGUCACAACCCCUCUCCCAGAGUGACACAAACCAAUACCAAGACUAGACAUUUGAAUGAAGGCAAAGGUAAAAGUGUUCCAAAAAAGGACAUUAUAAACGUAGAAACACCAAAGAAGAAGAAGGAAGAUUACAGGCCCUAUUUGAAUUCAUGUACAGCCAGCAUUGAGACAGAUCUUGCUUUAACAGGAUCUAGUAACUCUUCUGAGCCGUCAGACAACCAGUGUUCUUCAGAUGCUCCAUCAGAUGCUUCAAAGCAGCAGAAACGUCCAGCUCGCCUACCUCUGCCAGCACUCGCUCUUUUUUUAAAAAAGCAUUCACUAAAAUCUAAAAAGACCGAUGGCAAACUUCAUGCUACUCCCCCAGAAACUCCAUCUGAAUCUUUGCCUGAAUCCAGAAGUACCGUUGCCAAUUCUGAUCAUGCCUUUGUUACAGAACCAAUAAUCCAAGAUUGCAGAUUUGCCCAUACAGAUCUUCAUCAAGAUGGAAUGGUUUUAAAUGUUGCAGAACAAGCGGAUGACACAGCUCAGCAGCCCUCUAGUCCUUUGUGUUUUGGUUCUGUCACAAGUGAGGAUCUUGAGGCACCAGAAGCUGGUGAUCCAUUUCUGAAAAGUUCUGGCUCUGAGCUUACAAUUCCAGAUGGUGCACCAGUGUUACCUAAUUCAGAACCUCCAUUUUGUACCAUCGAGACAUCUGCAUCCACCCUAACAACAUGUACUACCUCAAACACAGCUCCCAAUCUGCCCCCUUUCGUCAAAGUAGUAUUAGCUAGCCCAAACUCAACACAAACAUCAACUGAGGCAUCCACACUACCAUCAGACUCCAGCACUCUGAGGACAGAGCCCUCACUGCCUGACCCGGAGUGUACCUCUUUUGACUUCGAGCCGUUGUCACCCGCAAGUUCUCCAGAACCUUUACCUCUGCUGCCAGCCUCAUUAGCUUUAGAGCUUGACACCUCCGCUUCGGAAGCAACUUCUGAAGCAGUAGAACCACCUGAAGAUCGACUGCUCAACAAAAACUCAUCCGUAUUCAAAUGGCAUACAGUAUUACCUCCAUCUGAGUCUGACAGAGACACUGCUUUCACAGGACUUGAACCUGCACCCGACGCUCCUCCUUUAAUAUCUGUUACACCAACUUUAUUUCCAUGCCACUCGGAACCACAAAGCCUGAGCACUCCCACAGCCAUUUCCCCUGAUGAUCCUCCGGUGUCAUUUCAAGAGAGUGAGCAUUUACUUCCUUUUCCGGCAGAGCUGUCCCCCCUUGCUCUGCAGCUGACGCUUUCUCCCACCUUCUCGUCAUUAGAUGAAAAUGGACUGUCACCCACACCGUCUCUCUCUGACUUUGCACACUUUUUCAACACCGAUGUUGAGACUGGCAUUGGUGUGGCACUUUCAAACACAGACACAGUGACUGUUCCCUGUCCACCUCCGUCUUUGGCUGAAGCAUGUGAGCCCCCUCAGCAGGUUUUGCCAAUAUCUCCCAGUAAGCCAUGCAAACGCAAGAAGUGUCCUAGGUGGACAAAGUCUUCAAGGUUGGAUAUGGAUCAGACCAUGGAUGACUACAGAAAUAUGCAGCCUAACUUGGAGGAAGUGGAGGAGCAGUUAUUUAUCUCAUUCACAUCUAAGGAAGCUCUCAAGUCGCACAUUGCAGACCCGUCUGAAGGGUUGAGCAGUCAUACUCAAACCAGACCUGAAAGUCAGCAAACUCCUGAUGCAAAUGAAAACAGCAACAGUACAGGGAGGAGUCUGGAGGAAACUAUCGCUGCCUUCCAGGAGAUCCUGCUAAGAGACCUGGGGCAGAUGAAGUACAGGCAGGUCAUCCACCCGGUGUUGCAGGAAGUUGGCCUCAAAAUGACCCUGCUGGACCCUGGUCUUUCCAUCGACCUCCAGUACCUGGGAGUUCAACUUCCCAUCCCUCCACCGGGAGUUGGUGUACAGCCACUGGCUCAGACUUUGCCACCAUCUCCAGGGAAUUCCUUUGGUGUUUCGUCAGCGUUUGUAUCACGAACAGGAAAAACUACCGAUGUGACACAGAUUAAAGGGUGGAGAGAGAAGUUCACUCUGUCAGAUCCCCCGCCUACACAUGCAUCCAGUGGACCUGAAGCUGGUUCUGGUUCGGACUCCCAGAAGAAGAACCUGUCAGCUUUCUGCAGCGACAUGCUGGAUGAGUAUCUGGAGAAUGAGGGGAAACUGAUAGAUGAGCGAGCUGCCAGCUUCUCCCAGUCCCCCUUUGAGGCCCCCGUUUAUCAGCUCCCCAUGAAAAGCACAAGCUGGACUGGGGACCACAUCCCAAAGAAACAGACCUCUGCCUCAGACCUUAUAUCAGGAUUUAUUCCCCCAUCUAAAAGACCACAAAUUAAAGAAGCAAGAGCAUUCAGGAAGACGGAUAAAAAACAAAAAACGGGUCGUAAGCAGAACAAACCUGGACCCGAACUUGGAGUUACUAAUACAUCUGAAUCCAGUUCAGUUUUAUCUGAGCAGUCUGCGCAGACCACUGAGGUUUCCAGUGAGACCGUUCAACCUUCACUUCCACCCAUCUUUAAAAAGAAAAGGAAACUCAAACCCAGGAUUUUGACCAAAUCUCUCAACUCUAGCCGGCCGAUGGCCCGACCGUCUGGUGUGUUGAAGGACUUGGCUCCCCUGGAGUCAGAUUCUGAGCUGGGUCACACUCCUGUUCAGAGUGAGGAAAACCACAGGAAGGGAGGCGGGCCUGUUAUGACCCGAGGACUAUUGAGACAGAAGGACCUGGAGGAUGGUGUUGUGUGGCAGGGCAGAGCCCGGACCAGCAUCACCGAGGAGAGGGCAGCUGUUGCAUUGACAUCUCUAUUCACUUUGACGGGAUUUGUAAGUGACAACCCCACGGCACCAAUCCAGCUCGCACGGGCCAGAGCGUCUCCAUGUCUGAAUGAGUUCUGCAGGCUUGGCUGCAUCUGUUCCAGUUUGUCUUACUCCUCAAAGAUCAGCCACUGUGGCCGCCCCUGCUGCAUGUUUGGCUGCACUUGCCUCAAACAGAAGGUGGUGCUCCUCAAGAACCUGGACAGUUCAGAUUCAAGCUCCACAUCCCACACCGACCACAUUAAGAAUAAGAAGGGCAAGAAGAGAAUGAGGAUGGCUUACGUUCUGAAAGAGUCCGACAGUGUUUCCAAACCCGCUGAGCGGGUCCAGAUUCUGUGGAGGAGAAAUACUGGAGGGUCAGACCCAGAGCCUGUCCACAGUCCUGAUGUGACCCUCUCAUUAAGCUCAAAUGGUGACAGAAAUAACCACAGCAGUUGUGCCAGAGUCAGAGGCUACAGAGGAUGGGUCAAGAAACGAGAGGAAGCAUCAAAAGAAAUGAGGCUUGCCCGACGUAAAGCUGCUCGACUGAAAUUCCUGAAACAGAAAAAUCAAACUUUGGGAGGAUCUAAGGCCAACACUCCUGGCCCUAAUUUAGAUAAAGCUGCUCAACCACUGUCCUCCAAACACCCUCCUGAUCUUCUGGAAGAGCCAACACCUAAGCCAUCAAAGCGUCUCUUCAUUUUAGCUGACUGUAAAUGGGAAAGUGACGCUGACCAAAGCUAUGUGCUGAAGAAACUGUGCCAGGCAAUGGCUCAAGACCAACUGGAUCAGCCAUUUUGGAUCAGGAAAUACUUGAUCAACCCCAUUGAGCAGACGGUGGAAGGGAAUGGUGCCGACCAGUGUAUCCAGUAUAGAAUUCGCAUCUCUACACCCAAACUUGAGGGCAAAAAUACUAAAAACGUCAAGCUAAUGAAACCAAGAAAACAGGCGGAUGGUGAAGUUGCACAAGAAAGACAGAGGAACAACUUGCAACAGGCAGCAAUAAAAAAGAAGCCCCCUAAGAACACAUCGAAGCGGGCAGCUCUGAAGGGCUCGCAGAAUAAGGAGAUGGAGGAGGCAGAGGCUCUAGAGGACUGGCAGAAGGAAGUGGAGGAAAGUGACAUUGAGCCGGAGGAAGAAACAUGCGCUAGUUACCAGGUUGAUGAUGGGCAAAAGAAAAGUCCAGAGGAGAUGAAAUCGUUGAAGGAUAAAGAGCCCACUACGGCUCUACCCUUUUUGACGGGAGUGUCUCCUGCUGGCUUCCUCUCUGCCAAUAGAAAACAGCCAGGAGGAUCUGACCUCACUAUACAGGUCAAUGGGAAGUUAUAUCCUCUGGCAAAAAUCCAGUUGGGGAGGAUGGGGGCGCUCCACCCUGCAAACCGUCUGGCAGCUUAUCUGACUGGCCGGGUUGGGCCCAGCAGGCAGCAAGAGGUUUCAUCCUGCAAACCUGCUCAGACCCCCCAGACUACCCCCUCAGCUCCUUCUGCGCUCACUAGCUCUGGUGCCAUCACCACCAACGUCACCGCAACUCCAGUCACACCAGAGCUCCCUGUCACUUCAGUCAAACUGAGCCCCUCACUCACAGACUCUCAGUCCAGCAGCUCUGUGGGUCAGCCGGUGGACUCUCAGGUGUUAAAGAUUCAGGUCCAGGGCCCUCAUAAAGGACUUGCUCUCUCACAUCCCACACCUCAUGGGCCUACUCCACCCUCCACCAAUCAGAAGAUCGUCCUGCAGCUCGUUCCGUCACCAUCUGGUGACCACCUAAUGCAGCAUUAUCGGAAACCUGAUGUAAAAUUGGUCCCAUUCAUUCCCUUUAACCAGCUGGCACCCAUCAAGCCAUCCAGUAAGAGGGACCCCCCCUCCUCCUUAGUACCGUCUGUCUCAGGCUUCCAGAAACCAGCCAUCUCUGCUGCAUGUGGAAUGCAGCCACCUCUCAUCACCUCUGCUUGUUCAUCGUCAUCCUCUCCCCUCUCUGCGCCCCCCCUACCUGCCCCCCUUGACAAAAGAAUUGUUGUCAGGAAGAGAACACACAACCUUAGAGUCCCCCCUGCACACACCAUCACUGGCUCCGUCUGUGUCAGCAGCCUGUCUGCCACUGAGGUGAAGAUGGCUCCAGGUAUCCCUCCACUCACCCUGACCUCUCCAACAGCCUGUGGGACCCUCAUCCCACUCAAACCUCCCAUGAAUCAGGGGGCUGAGCUGGGGGUUGACAGUGCAACAGCGUCACGGGGUCCUGAGCGGAUGGCGUUCCAUCAUAAACCUGCUUCACCACAAAUUCAUCCCACCUCCUCGCUGACUGUGGAGACGCCCAGUCCCAAGAGGCUCCCACCUCAAGCAUCCACUCUCCCUUCUAAUAUGCUCAGCACUGACCAGGGGCUGGCCCGUGACGCAGUUGACCUGGACAUCAUCUGCGUGGAGGAAGAGAACAUGCACGUUGCCACAGAGACUCAAACAAAUGAAAUGUCGGACCUGAUGUCCAGCAGUGAGACUGAAGACUCAUCAGACUUCAGAGAAUCAGAUGACGAAGAGAAUCCGCCAACAACAAAAAGAAAUCUUCACAACAUGUACGAGAGGAAUCGCCGCGUGCAGCUGCAGCAGAAGUUCGACGUGCUGAUGGGGGAGGUGGUGCAGACCGGAGAGAGGAUACCCAAGAUAUGCAUACUGAGGAGGGCAGUGAAGACCAUCCGUGAGCUAAGUCGGACUGAGAGGCACCUGAAGAGGAACAGCAGGGAGCUAAGAAAGAAGAGGGAUGAAUACAUGUCGAUGCUCGUUCCGUCAACAGAAUAUCAGGCCAAUGGCGAUGUGACGGAGGUGGUUAAUCUAUCAGGCAAGGGGGAGAAGGUCAGCCGGGUGUCGUCUAAGGAAAAGAGCACUGCAGAAUCCACCUGGUCAACCAAAACGAACGAUGCGGCCACAGCUAGCGGGUCAACUGGUGCGGGCCAGGCUCCGAGGCUGCAGAGGAUGAGGAGGAGUUCAGAUGUGAAGGAUGAGAUUGGAGCUCUCAGUUCAGCCACAAAUACAUCAAACUCUCCAAAGGUACUGCUUCUGGAUCAGGCUCCCCAUGAAACCCACACACAUCAGAGGGACCUGGAGAGUCUGAGGAUGGGUCUACCGGGUAAAGGAGGGAAAACUUUCCUGGACUUUUCAUCAAGUCAGGAGAUGGAGACGCAUACAGUGGGAGGGGCUGUCAUUAUCCCCUCUACUAUAGACACCAAGGAGAAAAAGAUAAUCACCUCAUCCCACGCACAGCCAGGACUGCAGACUGCGCCCAGUCCUACUGUCCAGAUACUGCCUCACACUCAGAGUGUGCCUAUCCAGGUCCAUCGCAACGUGUCACUGAUUGCUCCCGAACAUAGGAUGCGGCCUAAGACUGUCCCUAACAUCCUGUCCCGCAGUAGGAAUCCUGCAUCAUCAUCCUCUGUCAACACAACUUCAGUUUCAGAAGGAAAAGCUCUACCGUUUAAGGCUCUGGUUCCCGCUGAGGUCCUGUCUUUUGUUCGGAAAACGUUACCAAAACAGCAGCUGCUGAGCGUGACCCCUGGGAUGCUGAGAACAAAAGUGCUGCAAGGGGUGGCUGCACCAGAUCCGGUCACCUUGAAGGUCCCCAUUCUAACAACUGGGAGAAUUCUUCUGGCUCCAGUUCCCAAACUCUCGGCUGGUAACCUGCCAGCCACAGACUCCACCAGCCUGCUUCAUCUGGUUGAGCCGGCACCAGGGCAGCAGCACACACCACCACUCCACCAUCAGCUGCUCCCAGCAACUCCUCCUACGCCCGCUCAAUCGGACUUGAUCAGGGACCAGCUUGCACCUCAGACAGUCAGACUUGUUUCCUCGCAGAGUCCUGGACCCAGCCCUGACCGUCUCUCAGACCUACAGCCCGGGGAGCCUCCAGGACUGGACCCCAGGCCAGACCCCGACGGCGGGGGUCUGUCAUCCCUCCUCAACGAGAUUUCCUUGCUCAGCCAGCAGACGAUUUGCAUGGAGACCACAACAGGGACACAGUCACUACCCAACCAGACCCAAGCCUCUAAGGACUCUGAGGUUGCGGGCCUCAACGGCCACACGGACACCAGGCAGGGCAGUGGGCAGCCCGGACCAGCCACUGACCACGCUAAAGAUGGUGGCCUGGCCCCACCCCCUUUGCUGCACAUGAAGGUUGGCGGAGGCAAAGUGGCCGGCCUUACCAGCACCGAAGGACCAGCCUCGGGGGGGGCAGGAGGUGGGCGGGGCAGCGGGGAUGUUGCCUGGAAACCCAUGCCUCGAUUGGUUCCAUUGGGACUGAGAGGAAACUCCCCCAGCUGA